AUUGCAUCCGAUGGCCUCAAGGGUCGCGUGUUUGAAGUGAGCCUUGCUGAUCUCCAAAACGAUGAAGUUGCAUUUAGAAAAUUCAAGCUAAUCACUGAGGAUGUUCAGGGCAAAAACUGUCUGACUAACUUCCACGGCAUGGAUCUUACCCGGGACAAAAUGUGUUCCAUGGUCAAAAAGUGGCAGACCAUGAUUGAAGCUCACGUUGACGUCAAGACAACCGAUGGUUAUUUGCUCCGACUCUUCUGUGUUGGUUUCACUAAAAAACGCAACAACCAGAUCCGCAAGACCUCAUAUGCACAGCACCAGCAGGUCCGCCAGAUCCGGAAGAAGAUGAUGGAGAUCAUGACCCGAGAGGUGCAGACAAAUGACUUGAAGGAAGUGGUUAAUAAACUGAUUCCAGACAGCAUUGGGAAAGACAUAGAAAAGGCUUGCCAGUCCAUUUAUCCUCUUCAUGAUGUCUUCGUUAGAAAAGUAAAGAUGCUGAAGAAACCCAAGUUUGAAUUGGGAAAACUCAUGGAGCUCCAUGGUGAAGGUGGUAGUUCUGGAAAGACUACUGGUGACGAGACAGGUGCUAAGGUUGAACGAGCUGAUGGAUAUGAACCACCAGUCCAGGAAUCUGUGUGAAAUACAGAUUUUUAAUAGUGACAAAUAAACUCUUAUUUGUGAAAAAAAAAAAA